ACUUGUAAAAGGCUUUUUGUCCUCGUUUCCACCAGUAGUGUGUACUUUUAACCAACACAACGUCGAAAAUGACAAUUCGCUGGGGUAUCGUAUCAGCUAGGAAGAUUUGCAGUGACUUCGUAAAUGCUUUCAACUCUUAUGAACACAAGGGUGACCAAGCGAUAGUUGCAGUUGCUGCCAGGAAUAGGGCAAAGGCUAAAGAGUUUGCUGAAACUCACAACAUAAGCUUAUAUUUCGGUUCCUAUCAAGAAAUGGCUAGCAGUUCUGAUAUUGAUGUGGUGUAUAUUGGUGCUUUGAAUCCAUUCCAUUUUGAUCUAGCUAAACUGUACCUUACAAACGGAAAACACGUAUUAUGUGAAAUGCCCCUAUGUAUGAACAGAUUUCAAGUGGCAAGUCUCAUAGAUAUUGCGAGAAAGGAAAGACGUUUUCUGAUGGAGGGUGUUUGGUCCCGUUUCACACCCGCUUAUUUAGAAAUGGAGAAGGAGAUAAAAAGCGGAAAAAUUGGAGAAGUACUGUUUUUAGAAGCGAAUUUCGGGUUUUAUACUGAGACUGACAGGAUUAGUAAGAAGGAAUACGGUGCCAGCGCUAUCCUUGAUGCGGGGGCCUACUUACUGCAAUUAGCACUCUUCAUAUUCAAAGAAAUGCCAAAAAGUGUCAAUGUUUCUGGCACCUUGAACGAACAAGGAGUCGAUGUUUCGGAAACUAUUGUCCUGGAAUACAAAGGGGGUAAACGGGCUGUCCUUAACAGUCACACACGGCUGGAGCUGUGUAAUCAGGCGACGGUUUACGGGACAAAAGGACGGAUUACGGUAAACUUCAUCAUUAUUUUGCUUUAUUCUAUCUAG